AUCUCCUCACUCUCUCAUCCACUCCUGUCACCUCCAUCUCCUUGGGAUCAAGGUGCAUCUCUAGCGCGGAGACAUGUCCUGCUAUGACCAGUGCCUGCCGUGCCUGCCAUGUGGACCCUGUGGCCCGACUCCACUGGCGAACAGCUGCAAUGAGCCCUGUGUCAGGCAGUGCCAGGACUCCAACGUCUUCAUCCAGCCUUCCCCCGUGGUGGUGACCCUGCCCGGCCCCAUCCUCAGCUCCUUCCCGCAGAACACCGCCGUGGGAUCCUCCACCUCCGCUGCUGUUGGCAGCAUCCUCAGCUCUCAGGGAGUGCCCAUCUCCUCCGGAGGCUUUGGCCUCUCCGGCUUCGGCAGCCGCUACUGCAGCACAAGGUGCCUCCCCUGCUAAAGCUGCUGGUGAUGGCCCUGGAGAAAGACCUUCAGGGACCCAGAAGUUGGUAGUGGACUGGGCACAGACCAUUGGCUUGUUGUGUUAAGAGGCGCCAAACUACCCCACCACCCCUUUUGUAAGGAUGGGUCCAGCCUGGGCUCUCGGAAUGCAUGGCCCAUGCCUGCCUUACCCCUCCUGCAGUCUCUCCUUUCUCACCUGUGUCCUUGUUGCUCAGUGCUGCUCCACUAGGCUCUGGGUCUGACAAUGUCAUCCUAGAGAGGACCUUCUGUCCCUUCUCCCUCAGUGGAGUGGGCAGAUGGGCAGCUGGCGGGAUGCCCACCAUGGCCACACAGUUGACGCUCUCAUCUGCCCCUUGUGCUCCCUGCACUGGGGACUCCUCCCCUAUCAAUUUUGUUUCCCACUUUUGACUCAUUAAAGUUCUACUGCAUCCCA